AUGGCUGCCUCACUCCCACCUCUCCGCAUUGCCAUGUGCUGUGACGAUGCCGGCCACUCCUACAAGGAAGCCAUCAAGGCCCAUCUCGAGAAGAACCCUCUCGUUGCUUCGAUAACAGACGUCGGUGUCCCAUCUCCCACCGACAAGCGAGCAUACCCUCACGUCGCCGUCGAGGCCGCCCACUUGAUCAAGGACGGAAAAGUUGACCGCGCCCUCAUGAUUUGCGGCACUGGUCUCGGAGUUGCCAUUGCUGCCAACAAGGUGGCCGGCAUCAGGGCUGUCACUGCUCAUGACCCCUUCAGCGUCGAGAGAUCCGUCCUCAGCAACAACGCACAGGUCCUCUGCUUCGGCCAGAGAGUCAUCGGUAUCGAGCUGGCUAAGAAGCUGGUAGGCGACUGGCUGACCUAUAGAUUCGACGAGAGCAGUGCCAGCGCAGAGAAGGUCAAGGCCAUUGGAGAGUACGAGGCCAAGUUUGGUGAAUCAAAAUAA